CAGCAGUAGCGACCAGCGAGCGCGGACUCACACGCCGCCGUCUUCAUUCUAGUGCUGUAGUGCACUUUGGCCGCAUACUUUUUCUUCUUUCAUGCUCAUUUCGUUGUUCAAUUUAACGCGCACGACACCGGCUCGACGGUACACACACUAUACUCGUAUACCGUAGGUCUCAUUGCGUGGUCUCAUCAGGGUAUAAAUAUAAUUUUUUUUUUUUCUAACCACGCAAACGGGAUACCGACGACGUGACGGUAUAACUGUAAUUAAACGCGCUUAAGCACACACACAGACAGUGCAGCAGUUGUACCCGCCGGUUUAGGUGUCCGGCGACUGUAUUGAAAAGCGAUACGUUCGCCAGUGAAAAAACCACAACAUGACGUCAAAUAAAUCAUGGGUAACAUUGGCUACAAAUGAUUCUUAUGCCUUGGGAGCUUUAGUGCUCGCCCAUUCUUUGAAAAAUGUCGGCACAAUACAUAAUUUAACUAUUUUAAUUACGCCAGGAGUUACAGCGACAAUGAAAGAACAAAUCGAAGCAGUAUUUCACGAUGUACGAUUAGUAGACGUUUUAGAUUCAAAAGAUCAGACUCAUUUGGCGUUAAUGAGUCGGCCAGAACUUGGUAUCACAUUCACCAAAUUACAUUGUUGGACGUUAAUCAAUUACGAAAAAUGCGUGUUCCUUGAUGCAGAUACAUUGGUGUUGCAAAACUGUGAUGAAUUAUUUGAACGGGAAGAGUUAUCAGCAGCACCUGAUCCGGGUUGGCCAGAUUGUUUUAAUUCUGGAGUGUUUGUAUUUAAACCUUCCGAAAAUACAUUCAAUCAGUUAUUGGAAUUUGCUAAAGCUAAAGGGUCGUUUGACGGCGGUGACCAAGGACUAUUAAAUAUGUUCUUCAAAGACUGGGCUUACAAAGACAUUUCAAAGCAUUUGUCUUUCACCUAUAAUGUUGUAUGGUCGUCCACGUACUCUUAUUUGCCAGCGUUAAAACAAUUUGGUCAAAAUAUGAAAAUCGUUCACUUCAUAGCUUCUAGCAAGCCGUGGUUGCAAAAAUUCGAUACAGAAACAAGGAUAGUCACAUCAACCUCGGGUUCUGCCGGAUUACAAGCACUCUUGCAACUUUGGUGGGACUUGUUUUGCAAGCACGUAUAUCCCGUGCUUUCAAAUCAAAUGAAUCAUAUAGUGGAAGAAUGUAAUAGUUACAAUAAUGUAAUAAUUACACACGAAAAAAAAAAGGUUGAAAAUUGUUGGGAAAAUGUUAGAGACUUCCAAGGGCAAGUAAAUAAUGAAAACUGUCCUGCAUGUUCUAAUGAACCUCCGUUUUGCAAUAACUCCAGCUUGAUUGUAAAUAACAGUUAUCCUGAUUCUCCAAAACCAUUCGAGGUACUUAAGGACGAGGAGAACGACAUAGAUAAUGGAGGUUUGGCUGCUCAAUUCGCUACAUUAUCACUUGGUGAAAAAUCAGCAGAUCAAAAAGCUGUGGAGGAUUUCCUCCGACGCCAGUCUUGGGAACACGGAAACGUGGAUUACUUGGGAAAAGACAGUUUUUCAAAUAUAUGGGCUAAAAUAAAUGAUAACCUAGUAAAAAAAACGGAAGUUAAGGUUGAACCAACUGUAACAAUAAAUCCACCACCUCCGGAAGUUGUACUCUCACAAGAAAAAAAACCGUUAAAAUCAGCAUUAAAAAAGACUUCAACCUCCACUCCGCCCAACGAAGCGGAACUUGUCCAAAAAGUCGAGCCUCCCGUCAAACAAUUAGAAAAACUCGACUUAAACACGGAUGAGAAACAGGCCACAACGACGCCGGGUACACCGACGGUUACUUCGCCAACACCACCUGCAACGCCAGCUACUCAAGUCCAAGAGCUUCCUAAGCCAACCGACUCUACGACAGAACCACCAAAAGAAGUAGAACCAGCGAGUGAGAUGCCAAGGCCAAUAGACUCGGCAACCGAAUCGCCUAAAUCCGUUGAACCUGCGAAUGAAACGUCGAAACCAGCUGAUUCCACUAUAGAACCGCCAAAACCAGUAGAACCAACCAGUGACGUAGAAUCAACAGAAGCUUCAGUAGCACCAGUGGCGUCAAGUGAAACUAUUCAAAUUACUGAAAUCAUAAAAACGUCUACCGAAACGGAAACACCAGAGGAGUCUACCGAACCACCGAAACCACCUAAGCGUACCAACAAAGCGACUUCUGUAGCAACUGAUGGAAGUAAAAACGUAAAACCUUCAGAGGAAAAAUGAGAAAUUUUAUUUUAAAUCCUUAUUUCUGUAUAUCUUAUUAUGUAUGUGUUGUUUUGUUCCUCAAGAUAAUCAAUAUUAUUGUUUUUCACUUUCUUUUUUUAUUAACCAAAUAAGAUAAACUACGGCAAUGACGACUUUGCUGUCAACCUGUUUUUUUUUCCAAAGUUACUUGAUGAAAUUAUUCUUAGUUAUAAUAUGAGAUUUUGGCUAAAAUAUAUAAUAUUUUAUUAAUACUAAUUCGUGAAAACAUAUUAUAAUUUUAAUUGCACUUUUAAUUACAAAUAUUUAUUUUUUUUAACUGUGAAUAAUAUUUUUGUUACGUUUUCAGCUUUUGGUUG